AAAAAUUGUCCCUUGGGGCAUCACAUUACGUGUUUUCGGCAUUAUAAGCGAGUCAUUAUAUGUCAAAAUGCGUAUAUGCAGAGAAAUUAUAUUGAUUGCAAGUGUAUUUGUCGUGUUGGUCAUUGUCAGUUUUGAGUAUUAUAAUUUUAAUAAAUGGACACUGUUUGAGCAGGAUUUCAACCGUGUAAUCAUAGUCUGUGGUAAGUCCUCAAUGUUGUUAUUUUCAUAAAAUGAGGUAUAAAGUUUAGGUUAAUUAGUCGUAGUGUUCUAUUAAUAAUAAUACAUACAUGUACAUACUGCAGCUUACUCAUGCUAUCAGAGAUUUUGUACUUAUAAAAUGGCUUUGAGAAUUAUCAUAUUAUGGUUGGACGCCUGCAUGCGUUUAAUAAAAAGAUGUUGGUAUAAUAAUAAUUGUAUAUCAGUUAUUAUUAACAAAUCAGAAAAAGCAAUAAUAAGUUCAAUUCAUUAUAAUAAUAUAAUAAAAUAAAAAUAAAGUUGGUAUAAAAGUUGAUUAUAUUAUAACGUUAAGAACUCAAGCGCUUUCAUUGAUGACGUUAAGAAUUCAAGCGCUUUCAUUGAACCAUGAUCUAUUAGAGGACAGGCGCACGGAAUUACGUUAUCCGAUGGCAUUCCCUUAUUUGUAUAGAUGGCUGUUAUAAUUCUUACUCAGACUGCUACUAAUUAUACCCUUUCUGUUUAAGGGUAGGUCUUCUGUUUAAGGGUAUAGGGCUUCUGUUUAAGUGCAUGUCUUCUGUUUAAGUGUAGGUCUUCGGUUUAAGUGUAGGUUUAAUAAGUAUGGCGUAUGUUUACACUACAGGGUAUAUCAAAAAAAUGUACACCUUUCAAAUUCAAAUUAACCGUAAUCUAUUUUAGUAAUUUGACAGCUGUAUUAAUUUCUCGAAUUAAUGAAUGUGUGAAAACACAGAUCUUCUGCACAUGGGAAUUUAGGAUAACUUCUAUUGUAUUUGUAUGAACAAAUACACAACUCAAAGAAAAAUGUCUAAAUUAAGCAUUAUUCAAGUCUUCAUAUAUAAGAUAUAAAAUGGGCCAGCUUACUGCAGAGCAACGAAUAUUUAUUUAAUUAAAAAGUUAUGGCUAAUUUGAAUUUGAAAGGGUUGUACACUACAGGGUGUAUUAAAAAAAUGUUCGCCUUUCAAAUUCAAAUUAACCGUAAUCUAUAGUGUGUCUCAAAAAAAAGUAAAUCCUUUCAAAUUCAAAUUAGCUAUAACGUAUUGUAGCAAUUUAACAGCCCUAAUUGGUUUGAAUUAAUGGUUGGGUAAGAACACAAGGUCCUGUAUUCAUGCGAGAAAACUCAAAGAAAUAAAAAUUUAAAAGUUUUUAAUUAAGGGUUUUCUCCCAUGAGUACAAGACCUUGGGUUCUUACCCAACCAUUAAUUCAAAGCAAUUAUAGAGCUGCCAAAUUACUACAAUACGUUAUAGCUAUUUUGAAUUUGAAAGGGUUCACUUUUUUUAGCACACUGUAUUGUAUAGUAAUUUGAUAGUCGUACAAUUUCUCGAAUUAAUGAUUGCGUGAAAUCACAAGAUCUUCUGCACAUGGGAAUUUAGGAUAACUUCUACUGUAUUUGUAUUUAAAUAAUCAUUAAUAAUUCACGAGGAAAAUACAAAAGAAAUGAAUGUUUAAUCAAUGUUUGUAAAUCGGAUAAAGAUUUGUCACCCGAUCUGAUACAGAAGCGUGUCGUAUCUUUAUAUCUGAUAAUACACUCCUACGCGUGCUUUAAAUAGUAUACAUGAACAGAUACACAACUCAAAGAAAAAUGUUUAAAUUAAGCAUCAUUCAAGUCUGCAUAAGAUAGAAAAUGGGCCAGCUUACUGCAGAGCAACGAAUAUUUAAAAGUUAUGGCUAAUUUGAAUUUGAAAGAGGGCACAUUUUUUUUAUAGCCUACAUCCUUUAUUGUCGAUAAAAGACCAUUUGUUUUGCUGAAAACACGUUUGAGUAUGUUAUUGUUAUUGUGAUUGUUAUUAGUUGUUACUAAAUAACAUUUUUUAUCUUAUUUAUUACCUUGCCUUUUCUGAUUGUUAGGCUUGAUAUUGUUAUUUUAGUGUGUGGUAGGCUAACUUUGAUCUUGGUACGCAGGUUUAAAACACCUGCCGCAACAAUUUCAGCUGUUUUAGAAUCAUCUUUGAUUGAAUUUCAAACUCAAUUUGUGAUUAUCAAGACGACAUGUCUAUGCGUGGCAUCAUUAAUCCAGUAAUUCUCCCACUCUCCAACAUCCCCCCCCCCCGAAAAAAUUUGGCCGAAAUGAAUCGGACUUUUGUAAAGGCUAGGAGUGCUAAAUUCGAAUGAAUUUAUCAUAAUUAUCAAGUUAAUGCAUUGCUUCGAUCUUGUGUAGUUAACAAAACGUCAAGUGAAAAAGAGGUUGUGACUCAUCCAACAACGCAAAGUUCUCUAGACGUGGAGGUAAGAAUGGGAUUUUGCAACAAUUUUUCUUCUCUCUUUAUCAAUGCUGGCCUGGAUACUGCGCGAAAAAUUGUGGAUGCGGAUUCGGUUGACCUACAACAGAUCAUACCGUCGGCAAAACGUCCGUUCGGCGAAAUGUCUUUCGGUAAAGUAUCUUUCGGCAAAAUGUCCGGCCACCUCAUUAGCCCGGCACAUCGUUCUAACUGCCUAUACAUUUACAUUUUUACAUUUAUAACUUAAUUAUUCGAAUUGUAUAUAUAACACCUAACCACAACACAUCUCCAUCCCCGAUGAUGUUGUUGACUACGAAAGCUUAUUACACUGGCCUUUAGGCCAAGUAUCUUAAAUCCCUCUUUUUCUGUUUUCUGUUUUCGUCGUCGAGAAAUCGAGUUUGCGUUAGCUCAUCGCAGGCUCAGGGUGCAACGAUCAAGCCAAAAUGCCAUCGAUUCCCCUCGGUUCCAUGAUUUAGAUAAUAUAGUAACAACCUCGUAUUUAAUAUGUAAUAGCCUGCCCAUGCCAUGCUUGUGGUACGUUUUUCGUUUAUUAGCCCAUACACUUAUACGCACGCGCACAAUUCCAAACUCCAAGGAUAGAGUGCUCCAGUAACAUAUUCGAAAGUUGACCACGAAAGUUGCCAUUUUCAGGCCAGUGUGAACGCCUAAGCAGGCGUCUUGUUAAAUAUCUAAUUGAUAAUAAAGACCUUAAGCUUUUCUAAAGUUUUUUAAAAGUCUAUUUUAUACAACCGCAGCUUCGGACACCUUGUGCAUGUGGAAGUACUGGCAUAUCAACUAGUUUAAUUUCUAAUGUAAACUUGUCUGGUAUUUUGUCUAUAUAUAUUUAUAUUCGAAAUAUCUUGAGCCUAUAGGAGCUUUUAGCACCUUGGUUCAUGAAUUAUUCUGUACCGCGUAUAGCCAUGUCGGCUUAUUCUAACAUUGCGACAACCAGCUCGAAAGCGUCGGCUCCUCUGGUUGCCGUUCACAAUCAUUUUCUAAAGUACUCAUUAAAAAUUUUAUUAUUUUCUUCUACUUUUGUAAUAUUACGUCACUUGAGAAAAAUCAUGUAAAUAGUGAAAUACUGAAAAUUGAAUUGAACUGAAUAGUUGUAUUUUAUAGUAUGUGCAACGGGGGAAAUAAUUUUUUUUAGACAUGGGAUGCAAUGAUAGCAUUUUAACUCUAUGCAAUUUAUAUUAUCAUGAAAUUUUGAUACGCUUAGAUUUUGAUUUAGGAAAUUGGUCGUAUUCAGCAAAUUUUUUUCCAAUACCGCCGGCCUGCAUUUUCAGCUCCCUGAGAAAAAUUAAAAUUUUUGCAUUUUGCACAGAACUGGCCACUUUCUGUAAGAUGGAAAGAUCAAAUAUCUAGCGAAAAUGGAAAGAUCAAAUAUCUAGCGAAAAUGGACCUCAUUCUAAUGUUAUCUAAAUUUUGCGGUCAGAUAGGUCCAAAGCACAAUUGUUUUGUGUUCAAUUCAACAAUUUGACCGUUCUGACCAGUCUGACCGUGUUAAUGGAAAGCGCCGUCUACGUUUUUUAUAAAUAAAUAUAAAUAGCGUAUAGCUGCAGAAUACUAUAAGGAUAUAAAUACAAUGAUAACAUAUCAUUAAAAUCUCUUUUAACAGGCGGAAAAGGAUAGCAAAAGGAAGAGGGAAUCGGUCAUUAAAGUGUGCCAAAAAUAUAACGUAACAAAUGUCAUGGAACGACAAGCUCAUAGCAAAAACCGAAAAAGGGCACGGCAAAGGCGCAACGUGCUUGAUCAUUUGCUUGUGAACAAAGAACACAAAGUUCUUUUUUGCUUCAUACCUAAAAUUAGCUGUACAAACAUGCAAAGUAUAUUUGCGGUUAUGGAUGGAUUGUAUCCAAGUGUAGAAGAAGUCAAUGGUCCUUGGGUGCAUACACAAGUCGUACGUUUGUCUAAUAAAAAGUUCAAUAAAAGGCAAGGAGAGUACAUGCUAAAAAAUUUCUACAAGUUCAUGAUUGUACGAGAUCCUUUCGAACGACUCGUGUCUGGGUACCGAGAUAAAUUCCAAAAUAAGAAGAGUAUCAAAUUUUGGGCACCUCUAGGAAAACGGAUAAUAAAGAAAUAUCGUUAUAAUAAUACUAAUUCAGCAACAGUUGUAACUGGACUUGAUGUGAGUUUCACGGAGUAUGUGCGAUAUUUGAUCGACAAUCCGCCUUGGCGGGUCAACGAGCAUUGGGUACCAUACAAAGACCUAUGCAGGCCUUGUGAGGUGAAAUAUGACUUCAUCGGCUCUAUCGAGAAUCUCAAUCGAGAUGUGACCCAUGCUAUGAAACAGAUACAUGCAAAUGAAACCAAGUAUCAUGUGAUGCGCACCAGCGCUGCGCUAACCAAAACAAAACGAAAAACAGCAAAUUUUCUUAAAGAACUUUCCCGAAAGUACUUUGAUCAACUAUUGGCUGCUUAUAAAACAGACCACGAGUUAUUUGGUUAUCCCCUGCCCGAAUACGAUACAUUGGACAAGCGUUACCCCGCCUGAUAAAAAUGGUGUACAUUAUUAAUUUUGCCUAUAUACAUUGGGCAGCAAUUUCAUUAUUAUAGAUUAGAUGUUAAUUCAAUCGAGUUUGUGAGUGAAUUUAAAACCACGUUUGUUUGUGAGUGAAAACCAGGCUAAAAACUCAGAACGACGAAACCUCAAGGUCUAUGUAACGAACACGAACUAUUCAGAAGUAGAUUUGGUAUAUUAAAUGCAUGGUAUACUUUAUAAAAUAGCCUUUUAAAAACACGGGCGCUGAUUGGUCAAAGGCUCAAAAAACCUGUGUUUCUAUAAUUUAUAGAAACACGGGGAAUUUUCACGCGGGUUGCGUGGAUUGCGCCG